GUUGUGAAACGUCGUAGGUAAACUGUGGCCAUCAUCUUUUAGCUGUAAAAAGUGAAUUUCUACUGGUGUGGGCGUUAAAUAAUGAUAAGUAAACUGCUGGGUUGGUCUCCUUACUCUGAGUUCCCCUAGCCUCUGUCCCCCUAUAGGCUGAGUCACUGCAGGAUUAACCGAGCAUGACCUCGUGACCCCAUCUUCUCCCAGGACUGUUGACAUCCAUCUCUCAAAACAGUUGUCAUGGUGACAGACACAUUCUCACCCCCCCUAAAAUGUGUAUGUUAAAUACAAUACACAAAUCAUUAAGAUCCAUCUUCACAGCCUAAAUAAAUGAGCCAAGGACACAGCUGCACAAAAUCAACAGCAAGAAGCAUCCUGCUUAUUCAUCAGGAUGGGGAAUUUGAAUAACAAAAAGCCAUUUGAAAUGGUAUGAGGUAUAAAAGCUUGAGUGAACAUGGCCUAUUGGACAACAUCCCAGAGCCGCAGCAAACAAACACCAUGGCCAAGAUCAUCUUCUACGAGGACAGGAACUUCCAGGGUCGUUCCUAUGAGACCAGCUCAGACUGCCCUGAGUUGACCUCCUACCUGAGCAGGUGCAACUCCUGCAGGGUGGAGAGCGGCUGCUUCAUGGUGUACGACCGCUCCAACUUCCAGGGAAACCAGUACUUUGUGAGGAGAGGAGAGUAUGGUGACUACCAGCGGAUGGGCAUGUCUGACUCCGUUCGCUCUUGCCGUAUGAUCCCCAUGCACAAAGGACAGUUCAGGAUGCAGGUCUAUGAGAGAGAGAACUUUGGGGGUCAGAUGCACGAGCUGAUGGACGACUGUGACUCCAUCCAGGAGCGUUACCGCAUGUCCGACUGCCAGUCCUGCAACGUGAUGGAGGGCCACUGGCUCAUGUACGAGCAGCCCCACUUCAGAGGCAGGCAGAUGUACGUGAGGCCUGGAGAGUACAGGAACCUCAGAGAGAUGGGAAACAGCUCCGUGAACAGAUACACCUCCAUGAGACGUGUCCUGGAUUCCUGCGAGAGCCAGCAUCAUUGAAGUCUGAGAUUCUUAUUUUUCUGGCAUUCAAAAUAAAUAUUGGAUAAUUGA